AGUUACCUGUAGAUGAAUUUCAUUAAUUUUAGAAUAAGCAACAUACCAUAUUUUGAUGCGCUUUUAAUGUUGUGCACUAUACUAAGAAAACAAUAGGGCAUAGGUUUUAGGCUUUGGUAGAUAUGUAAGAUCUGGCAAACAAAAACAACACGAUUUUAAAGAAGUAUUUUACAUGUGAAAUCAUUUUAAACAAGGGUCAAAUUUGGCAUUAAUUAAAAAUGACAAAUUGGUGUUGUUUCAAGUAUAACUUAAGUUUUUUUAACACCACCAUUCCCAUUCUUUUUCAAAUGAAGUUUUCUGACAGUUAUACUGUUAUGGUUAACAAUUGGAGCUUAUUUUUACCGGAAGUGACGCAAAAUAGAAGUGAUUUACCCAUUUUCAGGAGGCGGUCGAAAAUAGGUUGUGGUCGAAAAUAGAUACUUCCUUGAUGCUGACGUGUAGCAAUCCUGCUCCGGUUCGAGUUGAAGGUUAUGUUCCAGACGUAGUGUCAAUGUAUUCUGAUGUGGAAUUUCAGUCCCACCUUCGAAUGCAUCGGUCAACUUUUGAGGAGCUGUGUAAAAUUGUUGCCCCAGAUAUGGCCAGGGAAAGAUCCAUUUCUUUGGAGACGAGAAUGCUGGCAACACUUUGGAUGUUGGGCAAUAUGGAGUGUUAUCGGAGCGUAGCAGACAGAUUUGGCAUAAGUAAAGGCACUCUCCAUCUGACUGUGAUGAGUUCUUCUAAGGCCCUUUGUCAACAGAAGAGCAAUUUUAUUAAUUUUCCCACCACGAGAAGGGAGAUGGAUCAGGUCGCAGAGGGGUUCAGUGCCAGGUGUGGGAUUCCUGGAAUAGUUGGAGCUGUAGAUGGCACACACGUUCCAGUUCCUGGUCCACGAUCACAGCACAGGGCUUCUUUCAUAAAUAGGAAGGGCUAUCCUAGCAUUCAAUUGCAGGUUGUUUGCGACAGUAAACUCCGGCUGCUGGAUACAUACACCGGUUGGCCUGGCUCUGUGCACGAUGCAAGAGUUUUCAGGAACUGCCCAUUACUAGAUGUAUGCCAGCAGCUCCCUGCACCUUACCACUUGAUUGGGGACUCGGCAUAUCCGCUAUCCAGGUAUAUGCUAGUCCCAUAUAGAGACAAUGGCCAUCUUGAUGCUCAACAGAAGAAGUUCAACAAGGCUCACUCGUCAACUAGAGUUGAUGUUGAACGUGCGAUAGGGCUUUUAAAAAGCAAGUUUAGACGAUUGAAAAAUCUUGAUAUGCUUCUGGCUGAACAAAUACCAGAAGUUAUAACGGCUUGCUGUGUCCUACAUAACUUCAUUUUGGACAGGGAGGGCGAAGAUGUCGUGGAAGAUGUAGAAUAUGAUUCUGCAAGUGUAGAGGAGGAGGGAUGUAGCGAUUCACUUAAUGCAGCUGGAGAGGAAAAGCGCAGGAACAUUGCUAAUUUGUUGUAAUAUCUCUAGCUUAACAUGUUGUCGAUUCUGUGACAUAAACAUUAUCUUAUUUAAUUUAAAUAGAUUUAUGGAGCUUUUUCCAACAUAUUCCAUGGAAUUUGUGAAUGUAUAUUCAUUUCGAACCCAUGCAUUCUGUUUGAUUCUUAUUACUUUAACAGAUGUAAUUGAAAAAUAAGUUGUAGUAAUAAAGGUCAAGCAGGGA